GGUACAUUGUCUCUCGGGGAAGCAAGAUGCCAUCUUCACUUUCUCUUCUCGUCGCUCCUUUGCUGCUGUUGUCCACGGCCUCGGGCCUCCCGCAGGUGCAGGAUAUUGAGCUUGGCCCUGGAGAAGAUGUCGCCGUGGCAUGCGAAUGCCCGGAAGUGACGGUAGUGACGGUAGUGACGGUAGUGACGACGACAGUAUGGAUGACCGAGCCGACGAGCAUUCUGAGCCCUACUAGUUCUUCUGGCUCCACGACACUCACCUCAACGCCCCUUCCAUCCACCACACCCUGCUCAUCGAGCAUUACCGAGACCUCUUCGGUGCCUAUCGACCCGACCCCGUCCUCCCCGCCCGGCAACGGCAACGGCACGGGUAGCCCACCCCCUUCUGGAUAUCGCAACGCUCUCUACUUCACAAACUGGGGCAUCUACGGUGCCAACUUCCAGCCCCAGCAGCUCCCUGCAGACAAGAUCACGCACGUCUUGUAUGCCUUUGCCGACAUUGCAUCCGAUGGCGAGGUGAAAUCGUCGGACUCGUACGCCGACCUGGAGAAGCACUACCCCGGCGACUCGUGGAACGACGUGGGGCUGAACGCCUACGGCUGCGUCAAGCAGCUGUACAAGCUCAAGAAGCAGCACCGGCAGAUGAAGACCCUGCUCUCCAUCGGCGGGUGGACGUACUCGCCCAAGUUCGCCCCCGUUGCCGCGACGGAAGCCGGACGACAGCGCUUCUGCAACUCUUCAGUUACUUUACUCAAGGACUGGGGCUUCGACGGCCUCGACAUCGACUGGGAAUACCCGUCCGACGCCCAGCAAGCGCAGGACUUCGUCGCGCUGCUGCGCACGUGCCGCGACGCCCUGGACGCCUACGCCGCGCAACACGCACCGGGCUACCACUUCAUCCUGACCAUCGCGGCGCCCGCGGGCCCGCAGAACUACAACACCCUGGCAAUGGAAGCCAUGGACCCGCUGCUGGACGCGUGGCACGUCAUGGCCUACGACUACGCCGGCUCGUGGGACACGACGUCGGGCCACCAGGCCAACCUGUACCCGGACCCGACCAACCCGCAGGCGACCAAAUUCAGCACCGACCGCGCCGUGCGCGACUACCUGGCGCGCGGCACCCCGCCCCACAAGAUCUUGCUGGGCCUGCCACUCUACGGCCGCGCCUUCGAGGGCACCAAGGGGCUCGGCCAGCCGUACACGGGCGUCGGCCAGGGCUCGAUCCAGAACGGCAUCUGGCUGUACAAGGACCUGCCGCGGCCGGGCGCGACCGAGCUGUACGACGACGUGGCCAAGGCGAGCUACAGCUUCAACGCCGCCGCGGGCCAGCUGGUGUCGUACGACACCGUGGGCAGCGCGGCCGUCAAGGCCGGGUAUCUGGUCGAGCACGGACUGGGCGGCGCCGUCUUCUGGGAGGCGGCCGGCGACAAGAACGGGAGCGAGAGCCUGGUCGGCACGCUCGCGGCGGGCAUGGGCCAGCUGGAGGCGGCGGCGAAUCUGCUGAGUUAUCCGGCCAGUCGGUACGAGAAUAUUCGGAAGGGCGUACCCGGCGAGUAGAGAGGGCUGGGCAUUUGCAUUGCAUUGCAUUCUGCCGGGUUUAGAGGGGUUGAUUGAUUAGGAAUGAUUAUUGUUUUACGCGCGCUGGCUCUGGGUGUUUUUGUUGUUCCGGCAGGCUGAAUACCUAGCUGACCUUAUCUCACCUAGCUACGUGAGCUGGACAUGCUCUACCUGGCUGGUUGGCGUGGAGUGUAUUCAUAUUCCAUUGUUCCUCAUCAAUCUUCCCACAAGCAUCGAUCUGCAUCUGGACAUAGGACGCAAUAGACUUUCCGGCUAUUGA